AUGGCGAUUCUCCCCAUCGAUCAGUUCUCGGUUCUGAAACCCACCAGAAUUCAAACCAGCUUCUUCAGUUCAAGCAACAACACCUCAAGGUGGAAGCGGCAGAGAAUCUCCACAACCGUGAUCAGGAGCUGUGGUAACCAAAGUGCGGCAGGGACGGAGAAGAAUCACUACGAGCUGUUGGGGGUUUCUGUCGAUUCGAGUUCCCAGCAGAUCAAAGAUGCUUACAGGAAGUUGCAGAAGAUCUACCAUCCUGAUAUUGUUGGCCAAAAGGGCCAUGAGUUCACAUUGAGGCUGAAUCAGGCUUACACGGUGCUGAUGAAGGAGGAUCUGAGGAGACAAUAUGAUACGUCGAUUGGAGAGUUCAGGAUUGGGUUCCAGAGAACUGGUCGUGAUGUUGAGAGUUGCAGCUCGUGGAAUGGGCCGUUGAGACCCCAUACUUUGUUCGUCGAUGAAACUGCAUGGUGUGGGGAAUGUGCUUAUCACGCGAGCAACACGUUUGAAAUGGAUGAGGCACUUGGAUGUGCGAGAGUGAAAGUGCAGUACGGAGAUGAUGCAGAAAAGAUUGAGGUCUCAGUUGAUUCGUGUCCUGUGAACUGCAUCCACUGGAUUGAUAGCGAAGACUUGGGGUUGCUCGAGUCAUUGAUUCGACCUAAACCGAAGGAAGGGUUUGGUGUGUUUGGACAAGGUUGGGAGAGACCAGCAAAUGUUUUCAAAGCAACUGAGACAUUUAAAAAGCAGGUGGCAAAGCAGGCAAAAGAUUAUCAGGGCAAUUGGAGAGAACCUCCUGAAGAAGAAACAUCGGCUCAAGCUGCGGCACGAGCUGAUGCUAACUUGAAUCUCAGGAAGGAGAGGUCCUUGUCAAUUUGGAAUAUGAUCAAAGAAACCUUUGGCUGA